UUUGAAUCAUUUCGCGUGACAUUUCAAAUAAAAAUAAAAUAUGUUUAAACUUUUUACUAAUAACCGUGGUAAUAGUUCUAUUCAUUUCGACAACUAUAACUUUCGUUAUUUUAGAACUAAUAAAUGUUCAGGUGAUAUUGUUUGGCGGUGUGUGCAAAAAACAUGUAACUAUUAUCACCAACAAUGAAAAAACGGUUUUAAUUCGCAGUAAUAUUAAAGAUCACCAACACGACGAGGACAAUGAUGAACAAAAAAAAGAACUACAAAAAAUUCGUACAGCUAUUAAACGUAAAGCUAUUGAAAAUGUAUAUGAAAAGCCAAUAAAAAUAAUUCGUAAAGAAUUAUCAAGUAUUGAAGACUCUCAGGUAUGUUCAUCUAAUAUAAAUGCUCUUCGAAAGUCUAUGUAUCGAGAACGACGCAAAACUUUACCUACCGUUCCAUCAUCUAUAACCGAUGCUAUACAAAAAGUUAAAAUUGCUUGUAUUGAGAAUAAAUCUAACGAACAUUUUAUUCACGUAUUUGAAGAGGAUGAAAUAAUAAUUGUAACUUGCAAAACAAAUUUAUUAUUUCUCAAUGACAAUACGGAAACUCUUUUAGCCGACGGUACAUUCACAUAUUGCCCAAAACAUUUUUUUCAGCAAUAUACAAUACAUGGUUUAACAAGAGGCCACUACGUUCCGUUAGUAUUUUGUUUUUUGCCAUCUAAAACAUUAAAAUGUUAUAUUCGUAUGUGGACAAAUUUAAAAAACCUAUGUUUUCAAUUAACAAAUACAAAUUUAAAUCCACAAUUAUUACUUAUUGAUUUUGAAGUCGGAGCUCAUACGAGUAAUGUGUUUAAAAAUAUCAAAAUUAAAGCAUGCCGGUUUCAUUUAUGUCAAGCAUGGUGUCGAAAAAUAAAUUCUAUUCCAAUACUGCAUAAAGAGUACAAAGAUAAAAAUUCAGAGAUUGGAAAGUGGCUUAAAAUGUUUUUCGGAUUACCGUAUUUACCGGAAAAUUUUGUUUCCGAUGCUUUUGAUGACAUUUUAUCUGAAGCUCCAAAACAUAAAAAGUGCACGGAGUUUGCUAAUUAUGUACUUGAAAAUUAUAUUGACACUGAACAAUUUCCUCCUUCAAUGUGGGCUGAAGAACCUAAUGGUACAAAAAGAACAACUAACGGUGCUGAAUCAUACCACAGUCAACUUCGGUUUGAAUUUUAUAUGCCACAUUCAUCUGUUUUCCAAGUUAUUGAUGUUUUAAUAGACCAACAAGUAAUUAAUGAAGCGAAAAUGCAAGAAAUUAAGAAGGGAACUGAAGCAAUACAGCGGAAAUGUGAUCGGGAACGAGAAGCCAAUUUGGUAUAUCAGUACUCGCUUUUAUUAACAAACAAACUGACUAAAAUGGAAUAUAUAGAAAAAACAGGUUUACAUUUUAAACCAAUAUAGGUGUCUACAAUAACAUUUAUGUUUAAAUUAUUACA